AUGACUGAAAUCCGCCGAAAGCUCGUUAUCGUCGGUGAUGGUGCCUGUGGCAAGACCUGCCUGCUCAUCGUCUUAUCAAGGGGCACCUUCCCUGAUAUUUACGCCCCCACGGUCUUUGAGAAGUAUAUGGUCGAUAUCGAGGUGGAUGGCAAGCACGUCGAACUCGCGCUUUGGGACACUGUCGGCCAGGAGGACUAUGACCGUCUUCGUCCUCUCUCGUACCCUGGUUCGCAUAACGUACAGGAGAAGUGGUUCUCUGAGGUUCAGCACUUUUGCGGUGGACUUCCCAUCGUCUUGGUCGCAUGCAAGAAAGACCUCCGAUUUGACCAGCGCACAAUUGACGAGCUGAGGAGGAGCAACCAGGCUCCAGUGAGCCCCGAGAGAGGUGCCGAAAUUGCUCGCCACAUCAAGGCUAGGGACUACCUAGAGUGUUCGGCCAGGACUGGCGAGGGUGUUCGCGAGGUAUUCAAGAGCGCUACCCGCGCGUCGUUGCUGGCCAAGCCCAAAAAGAGUCAUCGCAGCAGCAAGAACUGCCUUGUCCUUUAA